UGUUAAACUGCAGUUGCUUUCUGAAAGCAGCUACAGCUUUGAAUGAUACAAUCUGGAUUAAGGAGCUUUAUGUUGUCUCAGGCUGUGAAUCACAAUGGGUUUAUUCUGCAAGUUAAUGGGGAUAUUCCAGGUCAUAUUAUGCUUCUGUUUUAUCCCCUGCUUUGACCCCAUGGCGAGCAUCAGUUCAGUUUAUUUAGCCCUUUCCAAAUAUUAACAGCCCUUUUUCUAGGUAAGAAAGGUGCUUCAGGCAUCCAGUCUUGGGAGCAGCUGGGCAGGGAUGUGUGUGAAAAAUGAAUUAAGAUUUAGGUAGAUAUUUUUAAAGAGGAAAAGUGUAUUUGAGUCUAUUGGUACUAAAAUGAUGAGAAGACAGAUUUAUGGUUUUGAGACCCAUCUUGCAAAAUAUCAAAUGCUGGGGCUGAUUUUAAUACCUCUGAGAGCCAGCCCUGGGUAUGGAAUGAUUUUCAUCCUUUGGAGUGUUCAUUCCAGGCAGUUCUGUGUAAUGGGAUUUUUACAGAGCAUGGAAGAUGCCUCUAGGGGAAGUCUCCAUUUUGAUUGCUGUACCUAACUCGACAAAUUCUGAUGCUCCUGAGUUUUCUGUCAGGUUUUUAAGAUGCUGAAAUGUGUGUUUUCCAGAUUCCUGUGUGGGCUGUUUUUUCACUGAGAAUCAGGAAAAUAACUCGGCUUUUUGUGGGUUUUGGUGCUAAAUAGGUUAGACUGUAGGAAGCACACAUUGUUGCAAAGAUGAAGCGUGCAAUUAAAGUUCCCUUUCUUAAUAAUUUGAGAAGAUUGAAAUAUGUGUCAAAUGAAAUGCCACAGUCAAGGAACCAAAGCAGUUCAAUGAAUUGCCUAUAAAUUUCUUUUGGCACAAAGUGAGUGUUUGUGAGUGAAAUGUUUUAUUUCUUCCAAGCAAUAGGCAGUAAGAGUGUUUAAAUAAAGGUAUAGUAUAUAUAAAGCACUGGAGUACAAUCCAUGGAUUAGAGUGAAAUUUCAACACUCAGUUCAUUUACUUAGAGAACUCCAGUUAUGUUUUGAUGCCCAGAUGGAUUAAUUAAUUGUAGUGGUGGAAAAUGCAGGGUGACUGUUGAGCUUAGUAUUUCACUGUGUUGUAGAGAAACUCAAGAAUCUAGAAAAUUCUAAAUAAGUAAAUGCUAAUUUGCCAUGCAGUACUAUGGUAUUUUCAGGCAGCUAGUCAAGAAAAUUUGAAUUGGAAGAUCAUCAAACUUGUUUUAUGCAAUCAAAAUAUCAGAGACUUAUCUACAAAAAGAAACACAAGGAGCAUCCUUUUUUGUGUUCAGCAAAGAGUUGGAGUAUGUGUGCUGUUAUGGAAGUUUAUUUUUAUGCAAAGAUUAGUCCAAUGAAUUUUAUAAGCGUGAACAAGAUUUUAAGUGCCCUGAACCACAAUGUUUCAUCUAGGACUGGCAGUUAUAUGCUUAGAUUCAGUUUUACUUUUUUUUAAUUACAAAAAAAUUGCUUUGGAGUAAUUUGCUCUCAGUGAUGGGAGAAAUCUGCAAGAGAAAUAUCUAAAGCAGUUUCUGAGCAGUGGAAGUAGCUUUAUUUUUUAUAGCAUCCUUAGUACCUGUGACAAGUACCUGUGCCAGGGUGACAGUCCUGGCAGCUUUAAGGAGCUGCCUGUAGCUGUAGCAUUCAGCAGAACCCCAGGGAUGUGCACAUUUCUUUGGGAAAUGCUUUUAGGAAGGCCCAGAACAUGUUGUGAUGUGGCACCAUCCUGCAUGCUCUAUUUGUGCAUGGAAUAUUUUCCAGUGCUUUUAAACAUCCCUUCUCUGCUCUUUUUUCAGACAGUUAUUUAGACCUGUUAAAAAUGAGAGAUAUUCUCUUUAGCCUCAGCUUUAUCCAUGAUACAAUAUGCUUAUUACAUAACCUAGUAUUUUUCAUUUUGUUACUUGCAUAAUAACUGCAGAACUGUGCUUGAUUCAGGUUAAACUGAAAACUUGAAAAAUUGCUAUUUUUACAUGCCUGACAUUUUGCUUGCAUGCUUGGGCUUAGCUAUUAUGUUUGCUCAUUUCAGGACUGCCUCUGAAUUGCAAUCCAGAAAGAAGAAACAAUCCUGUUGGUUGCAGUGGAACAUUUGUGUGUGAGAAUAAGAGCAGAGCCAUGCCAGUGCUUUCAGAAGACUCAGGAUUGCAUGAAACUUUGGCCCUUUUGACGUCUCAGCUAAGACCUGAUUCAAAUCAUAAAGAGGAAAUGGGAUUCCUUAGGGAUGUCUUCAGUGAAAGGAGUCUCAGCUACCUGAUGAAGAUUCAUGAAAAACUCCGUCAUUAUGAAAGACAGAGUCCAACUCCUGUUUUACAUAGUGCAGCAGGAUUAGUUGAAGAUGUAAUAGAAGAGUUGCAGACAGCACCAGUGAAUAAUGAAGAAAAAGAGCUGCUUCAGCUGUUGUCAACACCACAUCUCAGGGCAAUGCUUGUAGUACAUGACACUGUAGCACAGAAGAACUUUGACCCAGCUCUUCCACCUCUACCUGAUAAUUUUGAUGAUGAUUUUGAUGAGGAAUCAGUGAAAAUUGUCCGGCUAGUGAAAAAUAAAGAACCCUUGGGAGCCACCAUCAGAAGAGAUGAACAUACAGGAGCUGUGAUUGUAGCAAGGAUCAUGAGAGGUGGUGCAGCUGAUCGCAGUGGUCUUGUCCAUGUUGGAGAUGAACUAAGAGAAGUCAAUGGUAUUACUGUGCUUCACAAACGACCAGAAGAAAUAAGUCAGAUUUUGGCUCAGUCUCGAGGGUCAAUAACAUUAAAGAUAAUUCCAGCCAUCAAAGAAGAAGAUCGUCUAAAAGACAGCAAGGUGUUUAUGAGGGCACUUUUCUGCUAUAACCCCAAAGAAGACAGAGCCAUUCCUUGCCAGGAGGCUGGGCUGCCCUUUAAAAGGCGACACGUGCUGGAAGUUGUGAGCCAGGAUGACCCCACGUGGUGGCAAGCCAAGCGUGUUGGGGAUACCAACCUCAGAGCAGGCUUGAUCCCCUCCAAGCAGUUCCAAGAAAGACGACUGAUCUACAGGAGAACAACAGGCACUCUGCAGAAUGCCAGAACUCUGAAGAAACCAUUGUAUGAUCAGUCUUCUGACAAAGAAGACUGUGACUGUGAAGGAUAUUUCAAUGGACACUACAUAGCUGGUUUACGCAGGAGCUUCAGGUUAAGUCGGAAAGAGAAGGAAAAUGUGAACGAGGGCAAACAGGGAGAGCAAGACACAGCAGAGCUGCUGACAUAUGAGGAAGUCACAAAAUACCAGCAGCAGCCUGGUGAGCAGCAGAGGCUGGUGGUUUUGAUUGGUUGUUUGGGAGCCAAGUUAAGUGAGCUCAAGCAAAAAGUUGUGUCAGAGAACCCCCAGGAGUAUGGUGUUGCAGUUCCACAUACAACAAGGUCAAGGAAAAGUCAUGAGAGAGAGGGAGUAGAAUACAAUUUUGUUUCUAAGCAAUCAUUUGAGACAGAUGUGCAGCAAAACAAAUUUGUGGAACACGGAGAAUACAAAGAGAAUUUGUAUGGUACAAGUCUGGAGGCAAUCCGCUCUGUGAUGGCCAAAAAGAAGGUUUGUUUGGUGGAUGUGGUUCCUGAAGCUGUAAAGCACUUGAGGACUCCUGAGUUUAAGCCUUAUGUUAUCUUUGUGAAGCCUCUCAUUUCAGAAAAGAAAAAACAUGUCUUAAAAUCUCACAUGUCAGAAGAAAUCUCAUCCCCUCUUGAUGAAGAACAGCAGGAAAUUAUUAAUUCAGCAGCAUUCAUUGAAGAGCAGUAUGGCCAUUUAAUUGACACUGUACUGGUGAAAGAAGAUCUCCAGAGUGCAUGUAAUGAGCUGAAAAGUGUGUUAGAUAAAUUAAACAAAGAAUCAUUUUGGGUGCCAGUCAGCUGGGUUAGGUCAUAGCUUGUUACCAUGUUUAAGGGAAAGAUUGUAUAAAAAUGUUCUGUAAAUACGUGUAUUAGAAAAGGGAAAUGUGUUGAAUUUGCUUCAAAACUGCUGGUCUUACCUAGAAGGCAAUAAAUAAACAAAGACUGUAUGAGGAAAGACCAAACAAAGUCACAAGCUGCCACUGCCUUUCUGAGUCGAAAUUUUGAAUAGCAGCUGUCAUUUAGAAGUCAAUACUCAGACUGAAUAAGCCAGUCCAGUCUUCUAUUGAUCCUUAGACUGGAAAUAGUGCAUUUUGUGCUGAGACACAGAAAGAUGGAAGGUUUGUCCUUUGGCCACAGUUCUAGCCACAGAUUUUGUGGCAAGAGUUAAAGGCUCAGAAUAAAGUCCCCCUUGGGAAGAAGCUCCUUCAGCUGGGUGGGAAGUGUUCUUUGGACUCUGGUUCCACCAUGCCAGUUACUCAGAACAUCAAGAGGCUGGCUGGCCAGCAAAACCUGCUUCCCUUCACACAGCAUUAAUUGCAAAUCCUCUUAGGCACUAAAAACUAGGCCAGCUGUAGAGGGGAUUUUUUAAUGUCCAUCACAUUUCCCAGUUGUCUUGCACAGGUCACAGGUAUUAGUCUGCUCAUGCACAACUUAUGCCCACUUUUCCCAGUCACAAAUGCUAAACAACCUGUGAGUGUACCUGUGUGACUGGCCAGCUCAUAAAACACAGGUUUUUACAGUGUACAUGAAAACAACAGCAUAGGGCUCUAAAACAGGGCAGUUAAGAAGCUUUGUUUCUGCAAAACAUCUUUGCCUGUGCUGGCUGGUGAGACACAGCCUUGAACACCAGUGGAACAGCUCCAAAAGGGCACUACAAGGAGGAGCUACAGGUCAAAAUCACCAUCCUUCCAGCAUUUAUGACUUCUGCUCCAAAUCUGGUAAAGGUUUCUAGAGUAUCUAAUUGGCCUGAAGAAGAAAACUGUUAGAGGACCAUGUGUAUAUUUGAGGUGACUUGAAUAUACAGGAUUGUUGAAUGGGUCUUAGGAAGAUGCAGAGAUGAUUCUGGAAGUAGCUGUGCUUUAUACUUGGGGGAUUUAAGGAGAGAGCAUUGUACAGGUGCAUGUGAGCUGUAACUACUUCCUGUUUUCAUUGCCUGCUGGGGUCUGUUAUUUCCUGUGUAUUGUGCCCUUUAAACAAGACCUUCUGGUGUGCCAGUCUUGUUCCUUGUAUCUUAACACUAUAAUGUUAUUCUUGUUCCAUGCCAUUUAGCAGAACUAAAAGUUGCAUAUUAAAAGCACAUUUCUUA